AUGAUGUCGUGCUGCGCCGUCUGUAAAGCUCCAGCGAACCAAAGAUGUUCUGGUUGCCAGCAGGUGGUCUACUGCAAUCGCGAUCACCAGCGUCAGCAUUGGAAGGCCACGCAUCGCCGAGAGUGCUGUUGUUACCGGGUAGAGCAAAACGCUUGCCUAGGGCGACACUUGGUAGCCACAAGAAAUAUCCGACAGGGAGAGAUCAUACUUACCGACACAGCGUACGUUGCAGGACCUAAAAUGGUCAGUGUGCCUGUUUGUCUGGGAUGCAAUCGGGAUCUAAUGCCUCUGUUACAACUAUCCGGUGCGAAUCACUUUCAUGAAUGUUCUGGUUGUGGAUGGCCUCUUUGUGGGGCGGAAUGCGAAAAAUCGGACCAACAUCGCCACGAGUGUAUCAUACUGGCCAGAAGCGGAUACCGCCCAAAAUUGUACCCUGACUUCAACAAUGUGCACAAACGAGAAACAGCAUAUUGUGUAAUUGUCCCUUUGCGCUUGUUGCUGUUGGAACGCAACGCACCAGAGAAAUAUGCCCACAUACAAACCUUUGAAUCGCACCUAGCGCAACGGUUGCAGUCUCCACUGUACGAAGUGGUUCGAUCAAACGUAGUACCGUUUGCGCGGACAGUACUUGGCCUGCGGCAAUACACCGAACAACACAUCUUACAAGUUUGUGGCAUACUCGACACUAAUUGCUACGAGGUGCUACUUCCUCAUCGGCACACGAAAAUACGGGCGCUGUACCCAUGGGGAGCAAUGCUUUCCCACGAUUGUAAGCCAAACACCAAACACUACUUCGACGCCAGCAUGAACAUGAUCCUUGUGGCAACCACGGAUAUCCCGCAGAGCGCCAUUAUCACCGUAUCCUACACGCAGCCGCUGCUCGGAACCCUUCAUCGGCGAAUUGCUUUGAAGCAAGCCAAACUUUUCGACUGCCAGUGCGAUCGAUGUGCUGACCCAACUGAGUUCGGCACGAACAUCAGUGGCUUUCGUUGUCCGCAGUGCAGAGGUGGGUUCGUUCUCCCUUCGCAGCCAACUGACUACCGAACCCCGUGGCGCUGUCAGCGCAGGAAAUGCUCGUUCCAGGAGCCUAUCAAUCUGUACGUUGCACGCUGUGAACGUCUAGAGAAGGAACUGAUGUCUUUGGAUAAAACAGACCCGAAGAGCUACGAUAGCUUUUUGGAGCGCUAUGGUACUGUACUUCAUGGCUGGAAUGCUUAUGUGCUGCAGGCUAAGUAUGCACUGUUACAACUGUUGGUGAACAGCGCCUCAGGCGAGGGAGAGAAAAAAGAUCAAAUCGAAUGCCGCGCUCGUCGAGUGAUCGAACUGUGUCGCGAUUUGCUGGAAGUUGCCGACCGAUUGGAGCCUGGUUUUGGGGUGUUCAGAGGAAAGCUAUUGGUAAAACUCGAAACAUCGUUCGGUAUUCUCAACCGUUUGGGAUCCAUGACGAAUCACGAAAGAGGCAAAUGGCAAGCUGUAAAAGAUGAAAUUCUUCAUAUAUCGAAAACAGACCCAUCAGUAGUCGUCAGCAUAUGAACUACAAAACCUAUGAGCAUAUGAACAUAUCAAUGGUGGCAACAUAUUGCUUUGUAUCAAGAUUGUGAUGAAGAACGCUGACAAUUUGCUUCCCCAGACGAAGAAGAAUCCCCGAAAUAGUUUUCAAACGAGUUCUAGCUUGUAAUGUAAUUUUACUCAUAAAAAGCUUUGAUAAAUCCGUACAAGAAAUUGGGUUGAAUGAGUUGUUUACAUAAAAAACAGUCGCAAUACUAUAUAAUGAUUUAUAUUCUAUCUAUAAGAAUUUUACAACAGCUGAAAACAAAAUUAUUAAAUGAUUCCGAAAAGGAAAGUACUACUGCGGCCAAAAAAUAACGAAAAAAGGUUAUCUGCGAUUAUCGUAGUGUAGAGUGGUGCAUUAUAAAUUCUUUCCAAUCGGCCAAAGUGUUAAAAAAGAAUACUAUUCGAGGGUUGUGCGUCGUUUGCGUAAUGCUGUGCGUCAAAACGACCGAAUUUGUGGAGAGAAUUGUUGGGUUUUCCAACACGAAGAAAAACACAUUUUUUAUCACAUUUGCGUGAACAUUUCGUUAUGUUUUCGCCAUAAAUUCGACUCAUGACGUUACGCAAGCACCGUAUUUGCCUGACGUGACUUCUGACUAUUCGCUAAACUUAGGAGACCGACGAGGACACUUUUUACAGUCAAUACUUGAGAUAGGAGCCGAAAGAAAGAUUGUUUUGGAGGCUGUUCAUGAAAAGAACUUUUCGGACCGUUUCAAAAAUUGGAACAAAUGUAGACAUAGAUGUAUUGCACUGAGUAAAGACCAUGUUAAUGGAGAUGACAUAGAUUUAGAAGAAUAAACAAAGAGUUUUUAAGUUA